AUGACUUCUCGUGUGCUUUGGCGGCAACAGUUGCUUUCCAACCCCCAUGUUUCGGGACGAAUCCCAUCUCAUUGCCGCUCUAUCAACCGCAGCGUCGCGACCAGUGACCGACAUGUAGAACAUCCUUCUUCUUAUCACACCCAAACUACGCCGGUCCCCCGUGAAUUUGAUUCGAGAUGGCUUUCGACGAUUAAAGGGAGACUAGCGCAAUGCUUUACAUUCGGAAUGAAGUCACAUCAGGUUGAUGAGGCGGGAGAAAUACUCCGCGAACUUGCACGGGACUGGCGAGAGUUGACUGUGGGGAGCGAAGGGUUCCUCACAGGUAAAGGGAGGGAGGGUCUCUUUCGCCAUAAUGUUGCGUGGGGAGAAAUGCAAGUAAACUAUAAGGGGCAUGUAAAUAACGUAUCGUACGUGAGAUAUGCGGAGACCGCACGAGUCAAUUGGAUGAAAAAUAUCGGAAUCCAUGUUGACCCCGCGAACAAAAAGGCAUGGUCUAACCUCCUGAGUUCGACGGGCAUCGGGUUGAUAUUGAAAAGUAUCAAGAUAGACUAUAAAUUUCCAAUGACCUUUCCAGAUAAAAUUAGUGUAUACCACAAACUGUCACAUACUCCCCCAGCACUUUCCAGCCCGGCAUCCUCAUCAUAUUCCUCAUUCCAGCUCGAUGUAUUGAUCCUUUCCGAGGCGCAUCAGCGACCCGCUGCUCGAUGCCAUGAGGAUAUUGUCACAUAUGACUACCGUCAGGGGCGUAAAGUGCAUAUGCUCCCAUCGUUCAUGAUGGACCAGUUCCUGGAAAUGUGGGAGUUGCAGGAAGAAUCUCGGCGAGUAUGGGGCUCGAGGGUCAAAGAGAUUGAGAAGAGGGUGGAAGAUCUGGAAAAAUCUAGUUGGGACCGGCCAGAUGCUGUUGAAGAUAUGGGAUCAUCAGGGUGA